UACGAGCUGCAAACCCGAAGUGAGGCGAACACAACCGACUGGCUGAUAGAUCGUUACCGGGAUUUGACGUCCCUAGACACAAAUAACAAUAUAUAUAGAUAUACGCUCUCUACCUGUCAUUGUUCGUGAAGUGCAAUAUCUGUUGCAGCAACGGUGGUAAACAUGUUUGUUUACAUACAAAAGAACAUAUUUAGUCGGAAAACGUGUCCUGAAUGACAGCUGUGGUCCCAAGAAUCGAUUCCGUAGAACUGAACUGUUAGUUCUUGAAACAAAAGGAACUACACGAUUAAAAGUCUAAGGUACUAAAGCUGCUUGACACAGUGUGCGCUGGCAGUUGUAAAAUCCAGAUAAAGUUUCACGGCAAUAGAUGAUAUUAUACCAGUCAGAAAAGUAAUGGCUUACAUUUCCGCUGUUGUUGCCAGUAAGAACUGCAAUUCAGUGUAGACGACUAUGAGGAAAUCACGGGGUGCAUCAAGAACACCUCCACUGUCAGUCGCAGUUCGUGCAGGCGAUGUCAAUGCUGUCCGGAAACUGCUCAGAGAAGGAGAAAGUCCAAACGAUUUCGAUAACCGCGGCUGGACGCCACUGCACGAGGCAGCUGCAGGAGGGCAUGUCACAUGUGCUUUAUUGUUGCUGCAUUUUGGGCAAGACAUUAAGGAUGUAAUAACUCAUGAAGGAGAAACACCACUUUUCCUGUCUGUUAAUCCAGACUCUAAACCUGAUGUAAUUAAAGUUCUUCUGAACCACUCAGCAGAUAUGAAUCUUGGCAACAAUGAACGGUUCACACCAUUGCAUAAAGCUUGUGAGCUUGAUUUGGUAGACCGUGCCCACCUGCUUUUAGAGUCUGGUGCAGAUAUCAAUGCUGCAAAUAAUAAUCAUAGCCGGCCUAUUCAUGAAGCCAUCAAAAGAAGAUCUGUGGAAAUGGUCAAUCUGCUGGUGAAAUUUGAGGCGGACCUGAGCUUAAGAGAUUCAGAUGGGCGCACACCCAUCAUGACUGCUGCUUACAUGGGCUUUCACGAGGUCCUUAAAAAAUUGGAUACACCAGAAUUAAACAUAAUUAAUGAGAGUCAGUUCGGAGAGUCGUUAGGAGACACAGCACUGAUGUUGGCUGUUCGAGGAGGCUGUUUAAAAACAGUUGAAGUCCUUCUUGAGAUGGGUGCUGAUGCCAACAUCGUGAGAGAAGACACUCAACAAACAGCACUGCACCUCGCUGCACGGCGUGGUGACCCAAGGAUUGUUGAACUCAUCAUAAAGGCGACAGAAAUGGAAAAAGUGGCACUGUGCAAAAAUCCUUUGAUAAAUGCAAUUGAAAGCAUGCAAGUGAAAACGAUUGAAUUGCUAUUGGAGUGGAUGCAUGCCCAUCCACAUUUAGUAAGGAAGGUCAUUGAAUGCGAAAGUGGGGUAUUCGCGCAAGAUUACAAAGUGACUGGUCCUGUCUCGUACCUACUCUACUACAAGGCUGACCACAAGGAAUUAUUGCCUGUGCUGCAUCUGCUCCUUAAAAAUGGAUGUCCGGCAAAUGUGUCCUCCGUCAAUGAAUUUCCGCCAUUAACAGCAACUACAGCUUCAUCAGCACCGAAAAGAAUAAAGAAAGAAUGUAUUGAGAUUCUUUUAGACUAUGGUGCUGAUGCUGACCACCCAUUCCCCUGGUAUGCAAAGAUGUACCCCCUAUCAUUCCUGCCAGCAGCCUGGUAUUAUGCAUUGCGUCUUCACCCAGGUGAGAACUGGUUGAUCAGGUUGCUGAUGUCUGUAAGCAAAAAAUGUGACCCUGAUACGCUACUCUCAGUAGUGUAUGUUUAUGCCUAUUAUAAGACAAUGCUGGUUGAUGAAGAACUAUGUGCAUGUAGGUCUACACUUCAGCAUACAUUGGAUUUAGCUCUUGAACUAGGUCCCUCAGACUAUUCCAUGAUGUUCAGCAUUUGGGCGAAAUUUAGGAAAUCAGGACUGUCUGGAGAAGGACUGACUGGAGAAGGAGUGCAAAACCAGCAAGAAGAAACUACUCAGGAUGAUUUGAUUGUUCCACAAAUGUUAACACCAACACCACUCGCAAAGCUAUGCCGUAUCUUAGUCCGCAAACAUUACUCUCUAUCAGCUCUGAGGAAAUAUGAUAUGCCUAGCAUUGUAAAUGAUUUCCUGAACUAUAUGUUCUGAUUUUGGGCUCUCUUUUGAAAAUAUAAUUUAUCUGCUGAGGAAAAGUCAUAUUAUAUUACACAAAAUACACUUGAUACAUAACUAAUAUAUGAACCUUUAUACUGUCUUGAUUACUAUUAAAGUUAUUCCGAACUCUGAAAAUGAGUUAUUCAAGAAAUACAGUUGAACAAAAAUAGUUAUAUGUUGUGGAUUUUGUGUGUCUGUCCAGU